AUGGCGCAGCGUCUCUCCACUCUGUUCGUUGUCGUGCUCGGUGCCACCGAGCCUACGCGCGCCAGGGCAACCCAUGCGGCACUGCCAGCGGACCUGACGGCGGCGUACGACGCGUUCCGUCUCCAAUAUAGGGCUGGCGAGGAUCCCAGCAAGGACCACGUCGACUACGCCACUCGCGCCUCGCUCUUCCAAACGCGGAGCCAGGAGGCUGUUGCCCACAAUGCUCGACCAGGCGUGUUCUGGAAGAAGGUGGUCAACCAGUUCUCCGACCACACCGACGCCGAGCUCCGCGGCAUGCUGGGCCUCAAGCGCAGGGGGCACCUGAGGGCGCCCGUCGGCGGCACCGGCUCCUUCCUGGAGGUGAAGCCGUCCAAGAAGGCCUGGAGCAAUGUGUCCGUGGACUGGCGAGGCAGGCUCAACAGCUCCCAGAACUUCCUGCGCAACCAGGGCGGGUGCGGCAGCUGCUGGGCCGUGGCCUCCGUGGGCGCGCUCGAGAUGCACGCGGAGCUCGCGCGCGGGGCGACGGAGCGCCUCUCCUUCGAGGAGCUGGUGGACUGCGUGCCGAACCCGAGGCACUGCGGCGGGGACGGCGGCUGCAAGGGCGCCACCGCGGAGCUCGCGUUCCAGUACGUCCAGGAGCACGGGCUCUCCGCCGAAGGCAGCUACCGGGGGUACUUGUCCGGGGGCGACGGCAAGUGCCGGGCGUCGCAGGACCGCAGGCAGAAGAUCACCAGGGCCACGGGGUGGGACCGCCUGCCGGAGAACAAGCUGGGCAACCUGCUCGAAGCCGUGGCGCACCGGGGGCCCGUCGUGGUCUCGGUCGACGCGAGCGGGUGGAACAGCUACGGGGGAGGCGUGUACCACGGGUGCCCGAGGGACGCCACCGUGAACCACGCGGUGGUGGCGGUGGGCUUCGGCAGCGACGAGGCGUCCGGCAUGGACUACUGGCUGAUCCGCAACUCGUGGGGCAACUGGGGCGAGAGCGGCUACAUCCGCUUGCAGCGCCACGCGAGCGACGAGGGCGAUGCCGGGUACUGCGGCACUGACCGCUCCCCGCAGGAGGGCGUCUUCUGCGAGGGCGGCCCCAAGGAGGUCCCGGUGUGCGGCAUGUGCGGCGUGCUCUCCGACUCUUCGCUCCCGAAGGGCGUGGUCAUCUCGCACCGCCCGGCGCGCUCCCGCGGCGCGGUGGAGGCGGUUCGCUCGUUCGUCCGCCGGGCGUGGCGGAAGUGA